UCACCGCCCUCCCCCCUCCCAGACUUGCACUGGCUGCGGUGUUUCCACACCUCCAUGUCCCGGCCCGGCCCCGAGGAGCCCCGGUUCAUCUCGGUUGCCUAUGUGGACGACACGCAGUUCGUGGGCUUCGACAGCGGCGGGAAGGAUCUGAGGCUGGAGCCGCGCGCGCCGUGGGUGGAGCAGGAGCCGGACUACUGGGAGCGGGAGACACGGAUGGUCAAGGGCAUCACACAGACUUUCCGCCAGAGUUUGGGGAAAGCGCGGCGCUACUACAACCAGAGCGAGGACGGUUCUCACACCUACCAGUGGAUGUGUGGCUGCCUUGUGGAUUCCCAUGGACGCCUCCUCCGGGGAUAUGAGCAGUUCGCCUACGAUGGCAAAGAUUACAUGGCCCUGAACGAGGACCUGCGCUCCUGGACCGCGGCAGACAAGGAGGCUCAGAUCACCCAGCAAGAGUGGGAGGAAGCUGGUUGGGCAGAGAGAGAGAGGGCCUACCUGGAGGGGAAGUGUGUGGAGAUACUGCUCAGAUGCCUGGAGGAUGGGAAGGAGACUCUGCAGAGGGCAGGUAAGAGGGACCCAGGGGCGAGUCAUCCAUCUGUCUUGGACUAGAGAUAAUGUCUCUGGAAGGAGGAAAAUGGAAUCAGCUGGACUUGUGC